UUGUCCCAUGCGCAAGUUAAGCCAGCCCCCUGAUUUAUCAUUAUUUAUUUGUCUCGGCAAGGAUACAAUAGAAUGUCUUUUCGCUGCGGGUGAUGUGUGAAAGAAGGUCUUCAUCAUAGACUUCUUUGCAUUUUUUGAGACUCUGUAAGGAGAGUUGAAAACCUUCCAAGAUGACAGCAGAAAGAGACCAGUCUGUGCUAGCAAGCAGUGCGAGAUCAGCAUCCUACAACAUGGUGCUUCAGGUGAUGUUCCGUGUUCUGACAUUCAUGCUGAAUGCCUUCAUCAUCAAGUAUGGCUAUGUGCAUGAAGACAUGUUGGGGGUCGUCAAUGUCAGAUUGAUGCUCCUGUACUCCACCAUCCUGUUCAUAGCCAGAGAGGCAUUCCGCAGAGCUUGUCUUAGUCAAAGUAGCAAGCACUACUGGCCACAGGUCAUCAACCUCCUAUGGUGCUCGUUACCCCUGGGUGUGGUAUGUGCCACCAUAUUAAGCUAUGUCUGGAUAGCCCUCUUGUCCCAGCCAGACCCUAAUAUCGUUCCACAUUACAACACCUCCGUCCUGGUCUUUGCCUUCUCGGCUGUGAUCGAACUAGUGGCUGAACCAUUUUGGGUGGUCGGGCAGGCCAUGCUCUUUGUUCGCCUCAAGGUGGUGAUUGAAGGGAUAGCUAUUGGAAUCAGAUGUUCUUUGACUGUCUUCUUCCUCAUCAUCAACCCUCAAAUUGGAAUUACUGCUUUCUGCAUUGCUCAGAUUGUGUACAGCUAUGUCUGUGUGUUCUUAUACUUCCUCUACUUCUCCAACUAUGCCACAUUCCUCGCCAAGAAAGAUGACUCAUUUCCCAUCAAAGCGGCACGAGAUUUCUUCCCCCGCCAUCUCCCGGACAAGCCUUGGACAAGUCCAGAGUUGGCCAGACUGACUUGGAGUUUCUUCAAGCAAGGUUUCCUCAAGCAGCUCUUGACUGAAGGUGAACGCUAUGUAAUGACCCUUCUGAAUGUGCUGAGUUUCAGUGGUCAAGGAAUCUAUGAUGCAGUGAACAAUCUGGGUGCAUUGGCUGCUAGGUUCAUCUUCUUGCCCAUAGAGGAGAGUGGUUACAUCUUCUUUUCACAAACACUGAAGAGAGGCCAUAGCUUCAAGCAACAAGAUAAGGAUUCCAUCCAGUUAGCCUCCAAAGUGUUACAGGCUCUGCUAAAGUUUGUUGUUCUAGUUGGUUCCAUCAUUCUCAUCUUUGGCUUUGCCUAUUCCUACCUCCUACUGGACCUGUAUGCCGGUCCUGUGCUUAGUUCUCCCCCAGGUCCCAAGCUCCUACGCUGGUUCUGUGUCUAUGUUUUACUGCUUGCUAUUAAUGGAACUACUGAGUGCUUCGUUUUUGCUGCAAUGAGCCAACAAGAAGUAGACAGGUAUAAUACCAAGAUGCUAGGGUUCUCAAUCGUAUUUCUCACAUCAUCAUGGUACCUCACUAAGACUAUUGGAAGUGUUGGCUUCAUCCUUGCAAAUUGUCUCAACAUGCUCGCAAGAAUUAUACACAGCAUCUAUUUCAUCACAAAGUUCUACUCUGGGAGUUCGAUCAGACCACUGAGAGGGUUGUUCCCAUCGGUCUAUGUUCUCAUCACUCUAGCUUUCUCAUGGUUAAUCACUACCAUGUCAGAACUGAAGUACCGUCAGAAGACAUGGUCAGACAGGUUAACUCACAUAGGCAUCGGUGGAGCUUGUUUACUGGGUGUCUUGAUAGUCAUCGUCUUUACAGAAGCACAACUCGUAUCCUUCAUCAAGGAGCAAUGGAAAGAGAGAAGGAAAGCAAAAGAAGAGGAGAAGAAGAAGAGAUCAAAACUGAUAGAACAGGAAGAGGAGGAUGAGGGGGAGAGACAUGAAGAUGAAAGGAUACCGGGUAAGGAGAAAGUGCAGUGAUCGCAGCCAGAUGUCAGAAGUGUCUGCAAUGGGAGCAGUGGAAAGGGAGAAGGAAAGAAAGGAAGAGAAGAGGAAAAAACACACAGGAAGAGGAAAGACGUGAAGAUGAAGAAAGGAGAAGGUACGAUGGUUCCAGCAAGAGAUUAGAGGGGGGAAAGGGGACCAAGAAUAGUAGACUGAAUCGUUACGACUGUACGAGAACUCCAACGAACAAGAAGUGCCUUUCCCUGAUUGUGAACUUUCAGUAUCGGAUUGUGUUAAACACACCAAAGUUAAAGAGAUAAUGUGCUUAAUAAUGGUGUUUGAAAUGUUUGAUUCUUUAAGAAAUCAUAUAUUUUGCAUUGAUGUUUGUGUGUGUCCUUUUUCCUUUCAAUGAUCCUUCGCUCAAAGAAAUUGUGUGUAAAAUCAUGAAUCUUAAAGCGUAUUUAGUUGAUACAAUAUUCAUGUUCUGUUCAUUUCUUGGAGAUUUAUUUGAUUAUAAAAAUGCUUCAGGAAUAUUUGUGGCCAAAUUAGUCAGACACAGCGACCUCAUAUUCAAAAUGAUCAGCCAUUUUCCAACCCUCACACCAUAGUAAUCCUACUGUAAAACAUUUCCAAUAAAUGUGACAAAGAAAGAAAAUACAACUCCAUAGUGAGGACUAGGGAUUGUGUUUCAGCGUUUGAAACUUUUAGAUAGAUAUUAUUAAAGCUAAAGAUUUUUUCUAGAAUAUGAUUUGUACUUGAGCAUUCAAUAUUUGAUGUUAAAUGUAUUACAAGGUAGCUAUUUCAUUUCAAUUCUAUUCAGGGUAUUUUGGGUUUUGUUAUUCUAAAACUUUUUAGAUUUUAGAUUUAUUUUUCUUCUUCAAAUAAAGGUAGGUAACUAUUUUGCACCAUUACACUACAAUUUCAUUCAGAUUGCAAACCAAAUCCAAAAUAAGAACACUAGAAAUAAAUGAUUGCCUUUCAACAGGAACAAGUAUCUCCUGUUUUAAUAGUUGUACUGUUCUGAAUACAUACUUAAUUAAGAGAUGAAAUUUUAUCCUUUUGAUGUGUACAAAAUUUAUUUGCAAACAGCGUUGGGGGAUGUUUUAUUCCUAUAUCCAGUUUACUUCCCAUUUAGCUCUACCUUAAGAAACUAAAUAAAAGAGAUUCCAUUAGUAGACAAUAAUGCUCCAUGACAGGGUGAUGUGGGCUGAAUUGAGUGGCUUAAUUAGUGAAGUGGCACGAAAAGACACAUCUUAAAAUCCAAAAAUGCACAAUUGUUGGAAAUCAUAAUUUCAUCACAUUUAGGUAAAAGUACAUCAUUGGAAUACAUGUCCUAUCUCAAUUAGGCUUAAUGUUUAUCUAUACUUAAGAGUAAGAUAUGUCCCCCCAAAAAAGGUUUUAAUACACAAACAUCACUAGCUAUUUCAUCUUGUACGUUCUUGAACCAUCUUUUGCGUUCUUGAAAUGUCUUUUUGUGCCAUUUCAUUUCGCUAAGCUACCUUUAAAUACUUCAAUUGUUUAAGGACUUUUGUGAAAUUGUCUGAAUAAGGGGCAUCUAUCCAAGUCGUAACCCAGUAAAAUGUAGUUACCAUUAACAAUUAAGUCAACGUCAUGCAAACAAAUAAGGAAAAAUCAUUCUUAGUUAAUUUGUGUUGAAAACAUCCUAAAUGCUGGCAUCUAUCCAAGUUAUAUACCAGUGAAGUUGUGUUACCUUUAAUAAUUUAGUCAAAGUCAUGCUAACAAAUACGGUAAUGUCAUUCUUGAUUGAUUUCCUUAUGCUUGCCACUGCCUCACAUUCCUCAUAAGAGCAAGGUACACUAGCGGAGACGUACUUAUGUUUAUUUUGUUUGUUUUAUUUCAGUAGUCGUGUUUGGAGCUCAUUAUUCGGUGCAAAGGUGGUGUUUGUUCUUUACCAUUUGUUGUAACUGUUUGUGUUUCAUUUUUAUUCUUAACAUUGUAAUGCAUUAUCAAUUUCUGACAUUGCAAUGUUAAUUACGAUUUUUUUUUUGUUGGGGGGGGGGGGGGGUGCAGAAUACGGUUUUGUUAUUACCAUGGUUAUAGGAGAUAUUUUGAAAUGGAAUACAAGAUCGACUUUAAGGAACUCGCAUUACAGAAGACUGAAAAAUGUAAUGUGUAGAAACUUUCAAGAAAAAUUGACUGCCUUAUUUAAGGGAGUAAUUUCAGGUGAUAAAAGGAAAAAAAAGACAACCAAGGGCAAUGUCGCCCUGAUAGUCUUUCUGAAAAGCCUUGGAGAUAAAUUUGAGUUCUGGUCAUGCGAUCUCAUUGAGAAAGAGUUGAUUAUGUAGCAUAUAAGAAUUGGUGUUUCGGCCUACUGCAAGGUUCUUGAAUCUGAUGUUCUUCCACACUUGCAUAAUAACAAUGAAAUUGCUCACAAAUUAUAUUUCACCUCUCCCCAGAAUUCAACCUUCUCUUUAAAAUGCUUGACUCAAAAGGUUACCAAUACACAAACUCACACACCACGUUCAUCAAAUUGUAUUGCUUUAAAUUAGAAUGUUGAGUGUCAGUUCUCCAGGAUUUCUGUGCUGUUUGUUCUCUGAGAACAUCUUUAAAGAUCACAUUCAUUGAAUCUUUUUCACAAUCGGAUUGAUUCAGGCUUUGAUAAUGAAAGCAUGUUAUCAUUUGGCUUUUAAGCCGUCUGGUUAUAUAUAAAUCUAAUUGUGUAGAAAUCAAUGAAUUCGAACAUUAAGACACCUCUUUAAAGACAUGUGAUAUAUAUGUAAUCUUGUCAUUUUUUGUAUAUUUACUAAAGUGGUGUUCCACGAAGUCCAUCUCAAAGUAUUUGGUAGCCAAAUGAAAAUUUCAGAAUAUUAAUGAUUACUAUUACUGUCAUAAAAUAUAAAGUUUUAUUAUUUAACUGAAAUGCCGAGAUUUAUGUACAUGUACAAGACCCAUACAUCAUGUUCAGAUUUUGCUCUUUAAACAUUUUUUUUAAGGUAAUGUUAGCUGUCUAUAUUUCCUUAACUAGCUGAAAUUCGUGAACAACUGAGUUAUUGAGAUUGUUGGUAUUGAUAAUGACUGAAGAGAAAUCAACAUUGAAAGCUAUAAGAGAAAACAAAUACAGUUUUGUGUCCGGCC